CAGUAGUAGAGUACAGUAGAGUAGAGAGAAGUAGCCUCAAAAGAGGAAAAGAAAAGGUAACGAACCACACAUUUGACAGCUCAAAACCACUUUACCAAUCCAAACAAAAAAUCAUCACAUUAUCCCUCCCUUCUCUCCUUUUUCUAUUACUGUCAUUUUUCCCAAGUUUCAGUUACCUUUUUCUAACAUAAUCCGCCCAUACGAUUCAUCAUUCAAGAUCUGUCCUUUUGAGAAAACUUCAUUCCUUGUAAUCUUCCUACUACUCUCUUCUUUCUUGGGUAAAAAAUUGAUGAAACCCUUAAAGAUGUUGAAAAGUGGAAAGAAGUGAUAAAGUUAGGAAGAUUGGUUUCUGGGGUUUGUUUAUUUUGCUUUACAAGGGUUAAAGAUUGGAUCUUUUUAAGUUUUGGUAGAUACCCAUGUCUAAUCUUGUUUCAGAAUUCAAAAGGUUGGUACUUUACUGUUUUGCAAGUGGAUGGUAGAGGACAUGAAGGUUACAAGUCUUUAUAGUAGUGGGGGUAGGAAAAAAAGUGAUCUUUAUGAAAUAAUGGUGUAUUUAGUUGAUAUUCGUAAUGGUUAAUAAUGUAUGUUUAGUUGAUGUUGGUAAUUGUGAAAAUUGCUAUGCUUAGUUCUUGGGAGCUCUGAAAUCGAAAGAUUUAUGUUUUCUAGUGCUUGAGGCUGAGGGAUAAACGCCGUUUCGUUUUGGUAAUUGGUUGUUUACAUAUCAAGAAUCUUGAUUUUAGGACCUCCCCUUUUUAAUACUACCAAGAAAAUGGAAAUGUUGUGGUUUUGUUCAUAGAAAGACAAGUAACUGAAAGUGCUAGUGUUUGAAUUGUUGUUGAAGACUUGGGAAAGCUGUGUAAACAAAAGGGGUGUUUGGAUUGUAAGGAGUCAUAAUGUCAAUGUCCUGCAAGGAUGGUAAAUCAAUUGAAGAUAACGGAAAGUAUGUCCGUUAUACACCUGAGCAGGUUGAAGCUCUUGAAAGGCUAUAUCAUGAGUGUCCAAAGCCCAGUUCAAUGCGUCGCCAGCAGCUUAUUCGUGAAUGCCCGAUUCUAUCCCAUAUAGAGCCUAGGCAAAUCAAAGUUUGGUUUCAGAAUAGAAGAUGUAGGGAAAAACAGAGGAAAGAGUCAUCAAGGCUUCAGGGUGUGAAUAGGAAGCUGUCAGCAAUGAACAAGCUAUUAAUGGAAGAGAAUGAUAGAUUGCAGAAGCAAGUUUCUCAACUGGUGUAUGAAAAUGGCUACUUUCGCAAGCAAACUCAAACUACAAAGCUUGCUUCAAAAGACACCAGUUGUGAAUCAGUGGUAACGAGUGGUCAACACCACUUGACACCUCAGCAUCCUCCAAGAGAUGCUAGUCCUGCAGGACUUUUGUCCAUUGCAGAAGAGACUUUAACAGAGUUUCUUUCAAAGGCUACUGGAACUGCUGUUGAGUGGGUCCAAAUGCCUGGAAUGAAGCCUGGUCCGGAUUCCAUUGGAAUCAUUGCUAUUUCUCAUGGUUGCACUGGCAUGGCAGCAAGAGCUUGUGGCCUGGUUGGUUUAGAUCCAACGAGGGUUGCUGAGAUCCUUAAGGAUCGCCCUUCCUGGUAUCGUGACUGCCGGGCUGUUGAAGUUCUAAAUAUGCUGCCCACUGCCAAUGGUGGAACCAUUGAACUUCUUUACAUGCAGGUAGGUCACUAUUAUCCCUAAUUUUCACUACUCGCGCCUUCAGUCCUUUUAUGCUUG